UCCUUUCUAUAGUUUGUUUAAUCGCUUGUUGCGCUGCAUGACAGUUGUUUUAUGAAAGUUCGUGUUUGAAAAUUAUAAUUUUGCAGGUCUACAUUAUUUACCAAUCCAAUAUUAAACAAUGUUUCGAAACCAGUAUGAUAGUGAUGUUACAGUUUGGAGUCCACAAGGACGUUUACAUCAAGUAGAAUAUGCGAUGGAAGCUGUAAAAUUAGGAUCAGCUACAGUUGGACUUAAAAAUAAAACUCAUGCUGUUCUUAUUGCACUCAAAAGAGCUUCAUCUGAACUUUCAGCGCAUCAGAAAAAAAUGUUUCCUAUAGAUAAACAUAUGGGAAUUUCUAUUUCUGGUUUAACUGCUGAUGCUAGAAUGCUAAGUCGAUAUAUGCGAACUGAAUGUUUAAACUAUAAAUAUUCCCAUGAUGAUGUAUUACCUGUGAGUCGUUUACUUGCAUCAUUGGGAAAUAAACUGCAGACUUCUACUCAAAGAUAUGAUAAAAGGCCAUAUGGUGUGGGUUUACUUAUUGCUGGAUAUGAUGAUCAAGGACCACAUAUAUAUCAAACAUGUCCUUCAUCAAACUAUUUUGAUUGCAAAGCAAUGGCUAUAGGUUCACGUUCUCAAAGUGCUAGAACAUAUUUGGACAAACAUUUGAAUGAACUUCUUUCAUGUGAUCUUGAUGAACUUAUAAAACAUGGUCUUCGUGCAUUAAGAGAUACUUUGCCUAAUGAAGUUGAUUUAUCUGUUAAGAAUGUCUCUAUUGCAAUAGUUGGAAAAGGCACAGAUUUUACAAUAUUUGGUGAAGAAGCAAUAGCCACUUAUUUAUCUCAAAUUGAAGAUGAUAAACGUGGAAAACCUACUGAACCAGAUGUUGAACAAGAUUCUAAACCCCCACAACCCCCACCUUCUGAUGAAGGUCCACAAGAUCCUCAAGCUGCGGUUGCAAUGGAAACAGAUUAAAAUUAAUGUAAUAUAUUUUAUACCGUGUUGUAUGUGUACAUACAAAAUGAAUGUGCAUUUUGUGCUUAAAAUUUG